AUGAUUUACGGGUAUUUCCGUCCGUUUGAUUUUAUUAGCAACCUUUUUGGGUUGCCUACAGCUACAAUAACUGGCAACAAAACAAAUAUUUGGUUAAAACUCUGGGCCAUAUCCAUAGCUAUUGGGUUAAUAAGCAGCUAUUCAUUUGCAAAAGAAAGGAUACUGUAUUUGGAUCUGAAAAAUGACAUGAAAAUAAUACCUGAUAUCAACGAUUUAGUUGCGAAUAUAAUUAUUAUAAUAAUCAAUUUGUUAAACAGUGACAAAAAUUAUGUCUGCGUGAGAGAAAUGUUUGAUGAAAUUGUCAAAGACGUAAAUAUAGAUAGCAAGGUUCUAAGAUUAUUUGCGUACAAAAUAUACGUGUGGUAUUUAAUACCGAUGAUAAUAUUUAUUGUUUUAAUAGUUAUGGAAAUUGUAUACAAUUAUCCACCUUAUAUUUUUGUGAUAAGAAUCCCAACGUUUUUAUCAAUAAUGCAUUUAAUUAUGCACUUGAUUUUAAUAUUAGCACUCGUGAAAGUCAUUAACAACCAGUUGUCUAGAACUUUAAUGUACAAUGAUAAAGGCCCUAAAAUUGUGUGUAGGGAGAACUUGGGAAAAAGAUUCACGAUCAAAUAUAUAUUUUUUAAUAGUAUUGAGUUUGUUGAAAUUGAAAACAACGUACAUUUCGAUUUGAAGUUUCUUUGCAAACUCUAUGAUAAUUUAAGCACUUGUAUUCAUCUGUUGGAAAAGUGCUACGGUUUACAGAUUUUCAUAUCGAUAUGGUUAAUGUUCACGAGUGGAGUUGUGGGCGUGACGGUCCUCGUCACCAAUAAGGUGACAUUUCAAUGGCUCGUAGUACUUCAAACCAUUUUGCCCUUCUUUUGGUGUUUCAUCGGAUGUUACAUCAACGACCAGAUAUCUAAAGAAGUGAAUCAGACUAUCACGCUGAUUAUAAAGUGUCUGAUAGACUUUAGAUGUGUGCCUUCAAGAAAGCCAGUUUUGGAGACGUUUAAGGAACUAGUCAGCAAUGAUCGUCUACAGUUCACAGCUUGCAGCUUAUUCAAAUUGAGCUACUCUAUGCUACUUGGAACUAUGCUUAAUGUUAUCACUUAUAGCAUAAUUUUAAUUCAAAUGUUCUAGUUUAUCUCUUUAUUCAUUCUGAAUCUUAUCAUUUGAAUGUGACCUUGUUAUAGUUUUAAUUAAAGCCAGCUAGUUUUUGAUCACCUG